AUGGACAAGCUGCCGCCGUCCAUGCGCAAGAGACUCUACAGCCUUCCGCAGCAGGUGGGGGCUAAGGCGUGGAUCAUGGACGAAGAAGAGGACGCCGAGGAGGAGGGGGCUGGGGGCCGCCAGGACCCCAGCCGCAGGAGCAUCCGGCUGCGGCCGCUGCCUUCGCCCUCGCCCUCGGCGGCCGCGGGCGGCACGGAGCCCCGGGGCGCGGCCCUCGGGGCGGCAGACAGCGAGGGGUCGACCCGCGGCGCGGGCAAGUCUAGCACUAACGGCGACUGCAGGCGCUUCCGCGGGAGCCUGGCAUCGCUGGGCAGCCGGGGCGGCGGCGGCGCCGGAGCGGGGGGCGGCAGCAGUCACGGGCACCUGCAUGACUCCGCGGAGGAGCGGCGGCUCAUCGCCGAGGGCGACGCGUCCCCCGGUGAGGACAGGACGCCCCCGGGCCUGGCGGCCGAGACCGAGCGCUCUGGCGCCUCGGCACAGCCCGCAGCCUCGCCACCGCCGCCCCAGCAGCCGCCGCAGCCGGUGCCCGCCUCCUGCGAGCAGCCCUCGGUGGACACCGCGAUCAAAGUGGAGGGAGGUGCGGCCGCCGGCGACCAGAUCCUCCCUGAGGCCGAGGUGCGCCUGGGCCAGGCCGGCUUCAUGCAGCGCCAGUUCGGGGCCAUGCUCCAGCCCGGGGUCAACAAAUUCUCCCUGAGGAUGUUCGGCAGCCAGAAGGCGGUGGAGCGCGAGCAGGAGAGGGUUAAGUCGGCCGGGUUUUGGAUUAUCCACCCCUACAGCGACUUCAGAUUUUACUGGGACCUGACCAUGUUGCUGCUGAUGGUGGGAAACCUGAUCAUCAUUCCUGUGGGUAUCACCUUCUUCAAGGAUGAGAACACCACACCAUGGAUUGUCUUCAAUGUGGUGUCGGACACGUUCUUCCUCAUCGACUUGGUCCUCAACUUCCGCACAGGGAUUGUGGUGGAGGACAACACAGAGAUCAUCCUGGACCCGCAGCGGAUUAAGAUGAAGUACCUCAAAAGCUGGUUCGUGGUGGAUUUCAUCUCCUCCAUACCCGUGGACUACAUCUUCCUCAUUGUGGAGACACGCAUCGAUUCGGAGGUCUACAAGACCGCCCGGGCCCUGCGCAUUGUCCGUUUCACCAAGAUCCUCAGCCUCCUGCGCCUCUUGCGUCUCUCCCGCCUCAUUCGAUAUAUUCACCAGUGGGAAGAGAUCUUCCACAUGACCUACGACCUGGCCAGCGCCGUGGUGCGUAUCGUGAACCUCAUCGGCAUGAUGCUCCUGCUCUGCCACUGGGACGGCUGCCUGCAGUUCCUGGUGCCCAUGCUGCAGGACUUCCCUGACGACUGCUGGGUGUCCAUCAACAACAUGGUGAACAACUCGUGGGGAAAGCAGUACUCCUACGCCCUCUUCAAGGCCAUGAGCCACAUGCUGUGCAUCGGGUAUGGCCGGCAGGCCCCAGUGGGCAUGUCGGACGUCUGGCUCACCAUGCUCAGCAUGAUCGUGGGUGCCACCUGCUAUGCCAUGUUCAUCGGCCACGCCACCGCCCUCAUCCAGUCUCUGGACUCCUCCCGGCGCCAGUACCAGGAGAAGUACAAGCAGGUGGAGCAGUACAUGUCCUUCCACAAGCUCCCACCCGACACCCGGCAGCGCAUCCACGACUACUACGAGCACCGCUACCAGGGCAAGAUGUUCGACGAGGAGAGCAUCCUGGGCGAGCUGAGCGAGCCGCUGCGGGAGGAGAUCAUCAACUUUAACUGCCGAAAGCUGGUGGCCUCCAUGCCGCUGUUUGCCAACGCGGACCCCAACUUUGUGACCUCCAUGCUGACCAAGCUGCGCUUCGAGGUCUUCCAGCCGGGGGACUACAUCAUCCGCGAAGGCACCAUCGGCAAGAAGAUGUACUUCAUCCAGCACGGGGUGGUCAGCGUGCUCACCAAGGGCAACAAGGAGACCAAGCUGGCAGAUGGCUCCUAUUUUGGAGAGAUCUGCCUGCUGACGCGGGGCCGGCGCACAGCCAGCGUGAGGGCUGACACCUACUGCCGCCUCUACUCGCUGAGCGUGGACAACUUCAACGAGGUCCUGGAGGAGUACCCCAUGAUGCGGCGCGCCUUCGAGACGGUGGCGCUGGACCGCCUGGACCGCAUCGGCAAGAAGAACUCCAUCCUCCUCCACAAAGUCCAGCACGACCUCAACUCAGGCGUCUUCAACUACCAGGAGAACGAGAUCAUCCAGCAGAUCGUGCAGCACGACCGGGAGAUGGCGCACUGCGCCCACCGCGUCCAGGCCGCCGCCUCUGCCACGCCGACCCCCACGCCCGUCAUCUGGACCCCGCUGAUCCAGGCGCCGCUGCAGGCCGCCGCCGCCACCACUUCCGUGGCCAUCGCGCUCACCCACCACCCGCGCCUGCCCGCCGCCAUCUUCCGGCCUCCCCCGGGGCCCGGGCUGGGCGGCCUCGGGGCCGGGCAGACGCCCCGGCACCUGAAGCGGCUGCAGUCCCUGAUCCCGUCGGCGCUGGGCUCCGCCUCGCCCGCCAGCAGCCCGUCGCAGGUGGACACGCCGUCUUCCUCCUCCUUCCACAUCCAACAGCUGGCUGGAUUCUCUGCACCCGCCGGACUGAGCCCGCUCCUGCCCUCGUCCAGCUCUUCCCCGCCGCCUGGGGUCGGCAGCUCCUCCUCGGCACCCACGCCAUCCGCCGCGGCCGCCGCCGCCGCCACAGCUGGGUUCGGCCACUUCCACAAGGCGCUGGGAGGCUCCCUGUCCUCCUCGGACUCUCCCCUGCUCACCCCGCUGCAGCCGGGCGCCCGCUCCCCACAGGCCAACCAGCCGGCGCCCCCGCUGCCCGGGGCCCGGGGCGGCCUGGGACUGGCGGAGCACUUCCUGCCUCCCCCAGCCUCGGCCAGGUCCCCGUCGUCCAGCCCCGGGCAGCUGGGCCAGCCUCCCGGGGAGCUGUCGCCGGGUCUGGCCACCGGCCCACCAACUACGCCAGAGACACCCCCGCGGCAGCCUGAGCGGCUGUCCUUUGCGGCAGGGGCCUCAGGGGGGGCCUCUCCUGUAGCCUUUACCCCCCGAGGAGGUCUCAGCCCCCCUGGCCACAGCCCAGGCCCUCCAAGAACUUUCCCAAGUGCCCCUCCCCGGGCGUCCGGCUCCCACGGUUCCUUGCUCCUGCCUCCGGCAUCCAGCCCCCCGCCACCCCAAGUCCCCCAGCGCCGGGGCACCCCACCCCUCACCCCGGGCCGCCUCACCCAGGACCUCAAGCUCAUCUCAGCCUCUCAGCCGGCCCUACCCCAGGACGGGGCACAGACUCUCCGCAGAGCCUCCCCGCACUCCUCUGGGGAGUCCGUGGCUGCCUUCCCGCUCUUUCCCAGAGGCGGGGGCGGCAGCGGGGGCAGCGGGGGCCUCGGUCUCCCCUGGAGGCCCUAUGGUGCCGUCCCUGGCCAGCACGUCACUCUGCCUCGGAAGACAUCCUCAGGUUCUUUGCCACCCCCUCUUUCUUUAUUUGGGGCAAGAGCCACCUCUUCUGGGGGGCCCCCUCUGACUGCUGCUCCCCAGAGGGAACCUGGGGCCAGGUCUGAGCCAGUGCGCUCCAAACUGCCCUCCAAUCUAUGAGCUGCGCUCCCUCCCUCGCUCCCUCCCUCCUUCUCUCCUCUUUUUUUCUCCUUUCUUCCUUCAGGUUUAACUGUGAUUAGGAGAUAUACCAAUAACAAUAAUAAUUAUCAUUAAAA